AUGGAAAUUUCUAGCUCUGUAAAAAAGGAAAUGUGGUCAAAUGUGGAGACUACAUUUAACGCCAAUAGUACAGGGCCCCACAGAAAAGGGAGUGACCUCGAGAAAAAAUGGGAGAACCUCACAUCUACACAAAGAGGCAUCUACCAGGAUCAUCAGCGUAUGCUGACAUUGACUGGCAGUCCUCCAUUUAAUUCAAAAUGCACAAUCCUCACUGAGGCUGUGAUGAACGUAAUUGGAAAAGAGGGAGUUGACAUAAUGGGUAUUGGACCCAGCAGCCUAGACACCUCUAUUUUGCAAUUGACUGAUAUGCGUGAUGAUGACCAGCAAGAUGCUGAAAUCAACAUGACCAUGUGUACUUCAAGUGCUGCGAUGUCAAAAUCAGUUUCCUUUAAUCCGAAAAGAAGAUAUACACCAUCGAUGGCUGAGAAUGGCUAUAGAAGCGCAACUAUUUCUCCUCCAGACAAACCUUCACCAUCAUGUUGCAGUCAUUGCAGUCUACAUGAACUUAAUGCCUUGAAGAAGAGGAAGCUGGAGCUUCAAAUACAAUUGUUUGAGGCCCAGUUGGCGCGAUUUGAUGAGGAAUAGAUUAUUAUGUUAUUUGUUAUUAUUUUGUUAUGAAGAUAUAGUUUAGUUAUAUUAAAGAGUUACAUGAAA